AUGUCGUGGCUAGCAGCAGCAGCGCGGGGCCAGCGUGUGGAUGAGGAGGAGCGGCAGCUGCGCAAGAGAAAGGAGAUUGCAGCAGCAGCAGCAUCUCCUGCAGCAGCAGCAGCAACAACAGAGCUUAACACACCACUAAUUGCGGAAGCAGCCUCCACUGCAGCAGAUGAGGCCUCCAUAGGGCUUGCUGCAGCAGCAGCUGCUGCAGCAGAAGCAACUGCAGCGGCGUUAGCAGCUGCUUCUACAGCAGCAGCAGCAGCAGCAGAAGAGGCAGCAGUAGCAACGGAGGAAGAAGCUGCAGCACCAACGGAGGAAGAAACUGCAGCAGCAGCAGAAGAGGCAGCAGCAGCAGAAGAGGCAGCAGCAGCAGCAGCAGUAGCAGCAGCAGCAGCAGCAGCCAGUUCAACUUCUGCUGCGCGUACACCGCGAGCUAGCGGCACCCCCAGCAGCGGGUCUCCUACCCCUGCUGUUCUGUCUCCUGCUGCUGCUGUUGCUGCAGCAGGCUCGUUCUCGCCAGCAGCUGCAGCUGCAGCAGCAGCAGCAACAGCAAAGAUGGGCACGCUGUCCCCCGAUGCAGCAGCAGAGGAAGAUGCAGCAGCAAAAGCAGCAGCAGCAGCAGCAAGAACUGUAUGGCUAGGUCAUAGCAGCAGCUCUCUACGACUAGAGCAGCUGCAGCAGCUAAAAGAUGAAGUAGCAACAAACAGAAAGAAGCGGCAGCAACGCAGGCAGCAGCAGCAGCAACAACAGCAACAGCAGCAGCAGCAGCAGCAACAACAACAACAGCAGGACCUGCAAUACGAACAGAAGCUGCAUCGGCGAAGGCUGCAGCAGCAGCAGCAGCAGCAGCAGCAGCAGACAGGUGGGGAGACCCAAGCAAGCCAGAAAGAUAAACUUGAGAAGCUUGUCGACUACAGAGGGAGGUACUAA